ACAAACACUGAGAAAAGAGCGCCACGGUGACAGCGCGUCCUCCUCGGGAAGCCAGCCGGGUCCCACCAGAAGGCGGGGCAGGGACCGAGGCCUGGGGCACCCGGCCCGAGGCCUCUUUCCUCCAGACGUCCCCGGCGGCUCUCGCUCCCAGGCCCCGCAGUCUCAUUUGUCGCUUUCCAACGCGUGACCCCGGCGCGCGCGUCCCGGGCCGGUGACAGGCGCGGGGUGCGCCGAGCGGCCCCAUGUGCCCCCUCCUCCUCACGGCCACCGCAGUUGCCGUGCCUCGAACCUCGCUCCAGCUCCUCGGCAGAGGGCUCGCCGCCAUGUCUACCGCAGGGCCCCUCAAAUCCGUGGACUACGAGGUGUUCGGAAGAGUGCAGGGUGUGUGCUUCAGAAUGUACACAGAAGGCGAGGCGAAGAAAAUCGGAGUGGUUGGCUGGGUGAAGAACACCAGCCAAGGCACUGUGACAGGCCAAGUGCAAGGCCCGGAAGAGAAAGUCAAUUCCAUAGAAAGUCCAAAUCCUAAGCAAGUGUGCGAGGUCCUUCACCAUCCAGCCACAGCCCCAGUAACCCAUUGUAAUCCACAGGAGUCUCCCACUCAACAUGUCUGGUGUCUUAAAUGCUCUUAGUUCAGGAAGUCCUGGCUGAGCAAGGUGGGAAGUCCCAGUUCUCGCAUUGACCGCACAAACUUUUCUAAUGAAAAAACCAUCUCUAAGCUGGAAUAUUCUAAUUUCAGUAUUCGGUACUAAUAGGAAUAAAAAUCAUAGUGUUCAUCCUGCACAAUAGACACCAUAUAUUCUUAGGUCUGUGCACUAGGGUAAUAGUAGCAGAGUAGGGUAAAAAAAGGGACUCUGUUCUGAAAGCUGCAACAUUAUAUGUAUUACUAAAAUGUCUGAGCCUGAAAUAGUUUCAUUCAACUAUGUUUUUACCAACCAAAAAAUAAGUGUCCUAAAAUAAAAAAUGUCAUCACAAAAUAUUUAAUAUGAAUAGUUAAUUUAAACUUGUUUCAUGGAAACUGAUUCUAAUGAAUGUUAUAGUAUACAUGUUAUUUGGCUAGGCUAGACAUAAAUAAAUAAAAUUAGCCAUUUAAAAAUCAUUUAAAGUACUGCUGUCUGAAUUGAACUCUAAAAACUUCUGGAUCAUUUGUUAUUAAAGUUGAGUAAUUUUAAUUACUCAAAAAGAACAAAUAGAUAUAAAUGUAUAUAAUGAUCAGUAUAAUCAUAAAAUAACAUCAAUAAAGAGUUAAGUUUUUAAAUUCUGACUGAGAACAUGAUUCGGUACUUGGGUUGGAGCUCCCUAAUGCAUUCUGUGAACUUACUGUUCUGUGUAGUGAAGGGAGGAGGGAUGUCAAUUGAAGGGAACCCACAAUUCAGCGGAGCAAGCAGCAAGAUUUGUAUCAACAACCAUCCACGAUGGGUAUCCUUUAACCAGAAAGGAACCAAUGGAGAGUCUAAAUAAAUCAUAUUAUCCCCUAAA